AAAAAACCCCGCACGAGCCCAUCACCCAAACAAAACAAUCCUGACGACAGGACCACAUUCCAUCAUGCGAUAAGAAAUACUAACAAUCUCUUUCAUGUUCAACGUAACCAAUCCAUCCAUCCAUCCAUCCAUCCAUCCUACAAACCAACACCUAAAUAUCAAAUGGACCAGAUAACAAACACCUCCACCUUCACCUCUCAAACAACCGACCCCCUCUUCUACCUCUGCUGGCGACGACAAUCAUGCAAUACCUGCCUGAAAGGCGAUAUUCCCUGUAGUUGGUGCGCAGUGUCCUCAACCUGCGUCCCCAACCCAUCCCUCCUACCCAUCCUCUCCCCGCUGCACUCAUCGCAGAUCUGCCCGCUCGGGUCCAAAGAGCGGUGGGAACUCCGCGCAAUACCCUUCGGGUGCCAUGUGAGCACGAUUACGUUUCUUACGGGCGUGGUGGGGGUGCUGGGUACGUUGGCUGUGCUAGGGUUGAUUGCUUUGGGGGUUUGGGUUGUGAAAGGGGUACGGAGGAGGGGUGGGUGGAAGGGGUUACCGGUUGUAUUUGGGAAUGGGGAUGGGGAUGGGAAUGGCAAUUGGGGGGCUGUGGUGUUUCCGCGGUGGGGUGGUAGGAGGGGGAGGGAUGGGGGUGGUACUAUACUUGGAGGAGAGGAUGAGGAGGGGGCGGGAGGGGGAAGGAGGGUUGGUGGUGAUGGAGGUGAUGGUGGGGAGGAUGAGAGGAGGCCGUUGUUGGGGGGUGGGUGA